AUGAAUUGUUUAAGUGAUUUUAUUAAAAUAGAAUAUAGAUAUUUACCAUCAACAUUAUAUUGUUUAGUGGUAGUAUCAUUAUUUUUUUAUUUUAUUGGUAAAACUAAUAAAAAGAGAUACUUUUCAUAUUUAUUCUUUACAUUAUCAUUAAUAUCAAUAAUAGAUAUAAUUUUAUUAAUUCAACAAUCAGAUAUAUUUUUAGACCCAAAUAAAACUUUUUCUGGUGAAUUUGGUGGUAAAAGUUUUAGACCAACUAUAAAUGAAACAUCAUUACAUAUUAGAUGUUUUGAAUAUGCUGGUAGUGGUGGUGGUGGUGAUGCUGAAAAAACAAUACUAUUUGAAGCUGGUACACCAUUUUAUUCAACUAUUUGGGGUAACGUUUUAGAAAAUUUACAACAACAACAAAUAAAUAAUAGUAGUAAUAGUCCAAUGAAUAAAAUUAAACAAUAUUGUGUAUAUGAUAGAUAUGGAUAUGGUUGGAGUGAUUUAAAAUAUAAAAGUAAUAGAAAUAAAGGUGUUGAUGCUAUUGAAGCUGCUAAUGAUUUAAAACAAUAUUUAGAAUUAAUUGGUAUAAAUGAUCAUUUAAUUUUAGUUGGUUGGAGUUAUGGUGGUAUAUUGUCACAAUUAUUCGCAUCACAAUUCCCAUCAAUGGUUGAUGGUGUCUUAUUAAUUGAUUCAAUGGGUUUAACUGAUUUAACUGAUAAUUUUUUAAUUAACCUUAUUAAUCAAGGUAUUAAUAGUUUUAAAGUUUUAAAAUAUAUUUUACCAAGUGGUAUUACUAGAAUUUUAACACCAUUUUUUCCAUUAUCAAGUGGGUAUUUAGGAUCAUCAACAAUUGAAUUAAGUGAUACUUUAAAGUAUUCAACAGAUUUAAUUUAUCAAUCUUUUAAUAGUAUUGAUGCAUCAAAGAAUGAAUUAUCAAUUAUAUUUGAUUCAAUUAAUCAAUUGAAUGAUAUACUAAUAAAUCAAAAUAAUCUCUUUGGAAAUAGUCAAUAUUUGGGUAAUAAAUCAUUGGUGGUUUUAACAGCUUCUCAAGAUUGUGCACCUGAUUGGAUUGAUAUUCAAUUCGAUAUGACUCAUUACUCUUCAAAUAGUGUUCAAAUAGUUAAUAAUUCAACUGACCAUUUCGUUCCAUUACAUGCUUCUCAAUCAAUUGUAAAUGCAAUCUCAUUAUGUAUUGUAAUGUCAAAUUAG